UCCAUUCAGACACCUGAAAGGCGGGAAAAAACUGAGCCUUUAAGUUCGUUUGUGAGGGAGGAAGCAUCUGUCAAGAUCAAGGUUUGUUCUAGAGACAAAAGAAACAACAACCACAGGAUGAGAAGGGUGGUCACAAUCUUGCAGGAUUUCUCAGACCAUGAUGUGGUACAGUUCAUCUUAAGACCACAGAUCAUUGCUAGAACAUUAGCCGGGAUUUUCUCUUUGACUGUAUUUGCUUCCUUGGUGAAUGAAGGAUACCAAAACCUGGUAACCUCCUCAGAACUACACUGUGUACUGAAUGAGAAUGAUGCAGCUUGCUGCUAUGGCAUUACCGUGGGUGCACUAUCCUUCUUCCUGAGCCUUGUGUUUUUGGGUCUUGAUGCCUUCGACUCCAUUGUGACUAGUCACAAGUUCAAGUAUGCCAUUCUUGUAUUGGAUGUCACCUUUUCUAUCAUCUGGACAGGUCUGUGGUCUGUUGGGUUCUGUUUCCUAGCCCAUCAGUGGAACCGGUCAACUCAUCACUACUUGCUGGGAGCCAGUGCGGCACGGGCUAGCAUCGCCUUUGCCUUCUUCUCCAUUCUAUGUUGGAUGUACCUGGCCUACCUCGCUCUGAAAAAUCUCUGGGCUGAGCCACCUAUUCCUUACAAGCGGACUUUGGAUGAAGGAUCUGUUGCCUUGACCACCCUUUCCUCUUCCACAACCACCUCGUUUCCCAACAAUGUGGGCUACCCUGAGAGUGUGGGUACAGCCUCUUACCCAUCCACUCCUGUGCCCACUCGGCUGACUUUAAUGAAUACUGAUUCUUAGACAAUUAUUUAUUCAUGCCGUGAAUAAAGAGAGAGAGAGAGAGAGAGAGAGAGAGAGAGAGAGAGGAUCCAUUGUUCUGUAAGAGCCCUCAUAAUUUUUG